UUGUUUCGCAGUCAGACGCGUCUAAGGCACGCAUGAAAGCCGAUAAGAACGUGUUUUCUUCUCCGCGGACAACAAACAGAGCGAAUUCUCUUUAUAUAAAGCUGAAAUCUUUGCGACUCUGGAAGAUUUUCUCUUAAUAUUAGUGGAACCCUAUUCGUUUUUGUAGCAUCACUUUCAAGCUAAAGAAAAAUGGGAGGUGGAAAGAACAAGGAUCAUGAUGAGAAAGGAUUGUUUUCAAAUCUUGCUGGAUAUGCAGCUGGACACGCUGGUGGUUAUCCUCAUGGUGGAUAUGGUGGAUAUCCACCGCAUGGAUACCCUCCUCAGGGUUAUCCUCCACAAGGCUACCCACCGGCUGGAUAUCCUCCUCCUGGUGGUUACCCACCUGCCGGAUAUCCUCCCCCAGGUGGUUAUCCUCCCUCAGCACCAUAUCCUCCACCAGGUGGUUAUCCUCAUGGUGGUUAUCCCCCUGGGGGUUAUCCUGGUCCAUCAGCUCCACAUCAUUCAGGGCACGGAUCUGGUGGUAUGGGAGCACUGAUUGCUGGAGGUGCGGCAGCUGCUGCUGCGGCAUAUGGGGCUCACCAUCUUUCACACGGUGCUCACUAUGGCGGGGGCUACUACGGCCACGGCCACGGCCAUGGAAAGUUCAAACAUGGAAAGUUCAAGCAUGGGAAGUACGGUAGACAUGGUAUGUUUGGAAGGCACAAAGGCAUGUUCGGGAAGCACAAGGGAAAAAUGUUUAAGAGAUGGAAGUGACACUACUGCCUCGAUCUGCUACUACAUCUGAGCAGACUAUAAGCAGCUUUCUGGCAAUUCGACAAUUCUAUCAGUGUUUGCUUCUGGUUUUCUCGUUUCCUAGUAAAUCCAGGUUUUAAAUAAACCCAGAGUGCAUUUUAUAACUACAGUUUCUUUAUAUGAUGUUGUUUACAAUAUAUGAAGACGUCAAAUAUGCUUUUUAGCAGUGCAACCUGUUUGGUUCGCCAUUAUUUUUCAAUAUUCAAUCAUUCUGUUGCUGGAGAGAGGCUUUAUAUGGGGAACUUGAUGCCAUAUUCAAUUAGGAGAAUUUUUCCCCC